AUGCCAGGCAUAAAUUUCUCUUUCGCAUCCCUCCUUCUUUCCCGCGGCUGCUCCGUCCUCCUCGCAGACCUGUCCCUCCGCCCCGAAGCCCAAGAGCUGCUCAAGAAAUAUGCAAACGGCACACCGCGCGCCGUAUUCUGCAAAACCGACGUCACCAACUGGAAGCAACUAUCCCACAUGUUCGACACGGGAAUCAAGGAGUUUGGGAACAUUGACAUCCUCUGCCCCGGCGCCGGCAUCUACGACCCGCACUGGAGUAACUUCUGGCACCCGCCUGGCUCAGCAGCGAGUAAAGACGCCGAGGAUGGCGACAGGUACGCGAGUAUCGAUAUUAAUGUGACGCACCCGAUCCGCUGCACGCAACUCGCUAUAUCGCACUUCUUGAACCCGCCAGCCGGGGUGGCUAAAGCGAGCCCGGCGAAUCCCAAGCGCGUGGUAAUCAUCAGCUCGAUAGCAGGGCAGAAUGCGAACUUGAACACGCCGAUAUACGUCGCGGCCAAACACGCGAUGAAUGGGUUUAUACGCUCUCUUGGCCCACUGGACGAGCGCAUGGGGAUCCGCGUUAAUGGCGUCGCGCCGGGCGUUAUUAAAACGCCGUUGUGGACCGAACAUCCGGAGAAGAUGACGUUUUUGGAUGAGGAGAGGGAUGCGUGGGCGACGCCCGAGGAGGUGGCAGAGGGGAUGCUGAAGUGCGUUGAGGAUGCGGAUCUAGGUGGCGGGAAGAUAUUGGAAAUUGGAGCGGGGCAGACAAGAUUGGUGGAGGCGCUGAAUGAUCCUGGACCGAGCGGGAAGGGGCAUACGGCUAGUAAUGUUGCGAAGCAGUAUGAAGAGGUGUACGAAUGGUUGGGUGAAGACGGGUGGGGGGUUGGGAAGGGGAAAUCAUAG